AGUUUUUGGACAAGGCUCACCAUGGCAAGCAUCACAUUCACAAGACCAUGCCAAUGGUUGUGCUUAAUAUUUCUACUACUGAUCAUCAUAUUGUCAGAAACAGAAUGCUCAGACAAUGUCGAGAUGACUUUCAUUCAGAGUGCCAUUGCCAAAGGAGCUGUUUGUUUAGAUGGAAGUCCACCCGCAUAUCAGUUUGAUAAAGGAUUCGGAGAAGGUGUUGAUAAGUGGUUAAUUCACAUACAGGGAGGAGGAUGGUGUGAGUCGACAAAAAGUUGUUUAUUACGCGUGAACAUGAGUAAUGGUGUGGGUUCAUCAACACGUAUGCAAAAGUUCAAUUUCACAGGAGUUUUUAGCAGUAAGCCAGAGUUCAAUCCAGGGUUCUACAACUGGAAUAGAGUCAUCAUGAGGUACUGUGAUGGAGCAUCAUUUACCGGGGAUGUAGAAAAAGUUGACCCUGCUACUAAUCUUCACUAUAGAGGUGCAAGGAUCUUCAAUGUUAUUCUUGAGGAACUGCUACAAAAAGGACUCAGUAAAGCAUCAAGUGCUCUUCUAACCGGUUGUUCUUCUGGUGGGUUAGCGUCAAUAUUGUAUUGUGACAAGUUUCGAGCCAUGUUGCCACCAACUUCUCAAGUCAAAUGUGCUCCCGAUGCCGGUUACUUUGUUCAUGUGAAGGACAUUUCUGGAAAAUACCACUUUCAGAAGUUCUUCACCAAGAUCGUUAAACUACAUAAUUCAAAGAUAAAUCUUCCUUCUUCAUGUACUUCAAAGAUGAAACCUGGCUUGUGCUUCUACCCACAAUUUAUUUUGCCAGAAAUCAAGACACCCUUGUUUGUCAUAAACACUGCUUACGAUGCAUAUCAGAUACAAAACAUCUUAGCACCAAAAAAGGCUGAUCGCCAUGAUUCAUGGUCUGCAUGCAAGUCAAACAUAUCAAACUGCUCAUCUACCCAACUCAAAAGAUUGCAAGAUUUUAGGUCAGAUUUCAUAAAGACAUUGAUGUCAGGAAUGGGUAAAUCCAGAUUCAACUCCACAUCAAGAGGAUUGUUCAUCAAUUCUUGUUAUUCACACUGCCAAUCAGGAAAUCAGAUAAACUGGCUUGGAGAUCCUGCUUCAAAGUUGGAUAACAAGGCUAUUGCUGAAGUAGUUAGUGACUGGUUUUAUGAAAGAAACACAACUCAAUUGAUCAAUCACCAGCAUACAUUGCCCCAACAGUGUUGAUUUCUUUUUUCAUAAGCGAAUUAGCAUUUAUUUAAUAUCCAGUUAUUAUUGAA